GGUCUUGUAGCCGUUUGUGAGUAUGGCAAAUAAGGCACUUUGAAUAUGUCAAUUUCGAAUGCCCUUUAAAGUCUUGCAGAAAUUCCUUCUAUAGCCGUGAUUUACUUCGGUUUUGUUUGUGUAGCUAAUACUGCAAUAUAUGACAUACAUUCGAAAUCUAUUAACUUUUGUUACUGUAAUAAUAAUAUGACUUAAAUGUGAAAAUGGUAAAAGAGUAAGAGUAAUCAUGUCACCUGCCCAAUGUCACACCUUUUGAGACGCGACAUAAAUUCCUAAUGAAAAAUUCGACAUUGUCGUACUCCAAUAUCUGUAUACAUCUGUAAUAACAUAUUUUAAUGAGUUGCAAAUUGAACGAUAAACCAUGAUUGAACAAGUUUAGUGGCAAUGUCAGAAUCAGACUCCGAUAUAGAUCCUAUUGACACCACUAGUGAAGAAGAUGAUGAUAGCGAUGAAGAUUUCAAUUUAAUAUCUUUCAUCACAGGGAAUGUUCUGACAACUUCAGAAAAUAAUGAUCAUAACAAUCAUGAUGGAGAAGAAGAAGAAGAAGGAGCAGUAACAAAAUCAAGAAAACUUCUUAUUACAAGAUCUAAAGCUUCAAUUGUGGAGAGUGUACUGAAACGUAUAAAGUUUAGUCCUUCUAUAUCAACUUCAAAUAAUAAAAAGAGAAAUGGUAAAGAUGAUGGAAGUGAUGAUGAUUUCAAUAUUCAUUUACCUAGUGUAUUUGAAACCGAUGGAAUAAAAAAUGAUAAGAUUCGAAAGAAUGAUGUAAUAAUAAAGGAAGAUUUUGUUACUGAAGAAAGUCAAUUAAAGAAAGACUUUGAGAAUUUAUUACUUAAAAAACAACAAAUCCUUACUGAAUUAAAUGAUAAUGGAUCUCAUGAUAUUAAAAUAUUCACCAUAGAAAAAGAUGAACAAUUAGUUGAAAAGAUAUUAAAGAAAGGUUAUAAAAAUCAAAAUAAUCGACAUUUUUAUUUUAUUAAUAAUGUUCAUAAAAUUCAUAAUGAAGAUGGAAAUCUUUCUUGGAACUCGUUACCUUUUGUACUAAAUGAUUUCUUCUUUUAUAAUUUAAGUACAAUAUCAGAUUCCAAAGUAUAUGCUAAGCAUAUGAAAUCUAUACUUAAUUACUGCUUGAUAAAUAUUAAUCAUGUGGAUUAUCUAAGUCAAUUAAAUAAACUAUGUGAAAAUUUAGUUUAUGUACGAGCAAAAGACAUUAAAUCAACUAUUCUGGAAUAUGAAUUUUUAAAUUAUUUAAAGCUAGUAGGAUGUAAUGUUGAAUUAAUUGAAUCUCAACUCACGGAGCUGGUUUUACCAUCAUUGCCUAUAAAAUUAAAUCAUUUUAAUAACAAUUUGGAAUUGACACUUAUUCGACUUCAACUCAUCUUUAAUAUUACAUUGAUCCAUAUUAAGGUAGAGAAAGAUGAUUCUAAAUUUGAGAGAUUAUUAUUAUCUAUGCUAAAGGCAUUUUUAUUAAUAAUCUGUGAUUUCAAUGUUAACAAAAAGCAAUUCCCAUUAUUGCUAAACUUUAUUAGAUCAAUAUUUCCGUUUUUAUAUUUUGAAUUCACAGUUAGAGAACCUUAUAAAGAUCAUGAAAUUAAGUUCCUAGAACUUUUAAAUAAAAUGUUACGAGAAUUAACUACGUCGCUAUAUGGAAUUCAACAGAUAUCUUCCAAUAAGAGAUACGAUUAUGAACUCCAAUUCAAUAUAAUUAGAUUAUUAAGUAUAUCAUUUGGAACUUCUUCAGAUGUAUCUAUUCAUAAAUUCAUUAAAAAUUUAUCAAUUUCUUUUAUCCUUGAUGGAGAUCAUCAUGGGAUUUCAGAUGAUGUUGAUAAUAGUAAAAAGCAACUUGAUUUAACUCCUAAUAUAUCCAUAUUGGAAUUAAUUUUCAAGAAACUUUUAUCUAUGGAUUUGGUUAAAGGACUUGAGAAUAAUGAUCCACAAGUUAUUAAUCAAGUACAUAGUACUCACUACAAGAUUCUACUAUUAAAUCAUGUUCUACUUCGAUCAUAUAUAGAUAACAAUAAUAAUACAGGGAAAACUAUAGAUACAUUUGAACAAGUUAGACAAGCUAAUGUCAAUCGAUUGAAGCUGCUUAUAGAUAUGAUUGAUAGACUUAAAACAAAGAUUUACGAUAACAUUCGACAAAUCGGAUACGUGGAUGCUAAAUUAUCAUCAACACAACAUCAACUGCUGAAUCCAGUUAAUAUAGAAGAGUUGGUAAAACAUGUGACGGAUUCCUUCCAUACAUUAAAUUACUUAUAUAAUAAGUUUGAUAAUGACUUGUAUCCGAUUAAUUUUGAUAUAUUCUAUAAUAAUUAGAGUAAUUAGAGUAGGAUAAUUAAUCAGUUAUGACUAGUGUAAUGGUGUAAUAGAAUAAUAAAAAAUAAUAUAUAAAUAGUUCAUAUGUAUAGUAUACAUAUGUGUUACUACUCGUAAGACAUACCGGAAGUAGUAAUGAUACAACAUAAUUGCUAAACGUGGUGGUUGCACAUGAACGCAAAAUUUAACCGGCCGGGGCUGCGAUAAAUAAAAAGUAAUGAGCACGAAGUUUGAUAACCGAUUCAACCAU